AUGGCGCAAACUGCCUGGCCGGCUUGGGCUGUGGCCUGGUACUCCUUCCUCUGUUCCAUGGCCUUGCUGAACCUUUGCCUAGCCUUGUUUCUGCUGCGAUGUGGCAAGCCCUCGGAAGACGCUCGGCCGUACUGGUAUCGGUUUAGCUUGCGCUGGCUUGGUGCAGUCUACGUCCUUGUGGUCGCAUAUCGCAGCGUCUUUCCGGCAGACUACCCUCACCGGUACGUUUUCUGGGACAACAUGAUGAGCAGCAUUCUCAUCCAUCGAGCCUGUGCCACGGUGGAGGAGCUGGCCUGGGUACUGCAGAUUGCCAUCAUCCAGAGCUUCUGCGCAGCCCAGGUCAGGCAAGGACGUGCCUGUUUGCCGGUCGUGCUGGCCACUUCGAUCUGCAUGGUUCUCAUCAUCGUCGUUGCUGAGUGCUUCUCCUUCACCGGCACUAUCACACAGGCUUUCUGCUGGUUUGCGUUGGAGGAGACAUGCUGGGCCAUUGCCUUUGCUAUUGGGCUGCCGGUCUACGUGCAUCUGCUCUUCGCGGCUUACAGGCGCAGCCAAGAAUGCCUCGGCAAGCAGCCGCCUUCGGAAGUUGGACGUGAGGCGAGAUGUGGAUGCUUCACAGGGCUGCACUUCGCCAUAGCCCUGACGAUCUUCUGCCUUGGCUACGUGCCUUACAUGGCCGCAGUGGACGUCCCCUCCUACUGGGAGGCAUACGAUGCGCAGAAGCUCGAGGGAAUCGAACCUAACGGCUUCGAGCAAGGUGCUUGGAAUGCUUUGACCUACCGGGAGCAGACGAGGGCCUUGUCAUCUUGGCAGUCAAAUCUUCUCUGGAAGACGGUCUACUUUACCCUGGGGCCCUGGCUCAGCCUGGCUAUGAUGACGGCGCCGGUCCUUCCCGAGCAGGUGGAGAAGGAGAAGGUGACCUUCGAGUCCGAGCGUUCUUCCGAGGAGUUCCCCUCCUGGUCAACGGCUCCUCUGCCGCUGCCAGUAUCCAAGGUCGAGUACAAAUUCAUUGUGAAGCGAGAUGACAAGAAGACUCCAGUGCGGUGGGAGGGUGUGGAGGGCAACCGCCAGCUCCUUGUGGAGCCGGGACAGCUGGAGGUCACGGCUAUAUGGGGCGAUCCGCAUGAGAAGGUCAUGGUCAACAGUGAGCCGCUCGUCUUGCCACCAGAUGGCAGCGGCGGCCACAGUUCGGCCGCGCUGGGGUCGGAUGCUGGCAUGACCGAGGACUUCCGCGAGGAUCUGGCCAGUGCGCCGAUGUACGUGGACUUCGGAGAGGAUGAAUCUCCGGACUCCUACUCCCUGCGGCCACCGGUGCACACCAACCGGAGUAGAGGGCCGACGUCCUUAGACUGCUUGCAGCUGCUCAAGGUGCCCCACGAGCUGAAAGGGCAGAUGGUCAUCUGUGGCGAAGGGACCUCGCUCGGGAGCUGGAAUCCAUACACGGCUCCCGCACUGAAGUACGUGGGCCCUUCGGGUGACAAGGAGGUGUGGGCAUUGCCGGGAGUGCUGGCAGAGCUGAAACCAGGCAUGGCCUUCAAGUUCGUUUGCCUGGGCCACAACGGCAUCCCCAGGUGGGAGGAGAACCGCCCGAACCGGUUCUGGACCGGUGAGGAGGCAUCCUACCUCUUCGACCUCCCAUCGCCCCGGAAGGGGAAGGCGGAGGGCCAAACGGAGCUGGAAGUGGUGUGGGGCGACAACUGGCUCGUGGACAUAGAUCCGCUCGAAUUUCCCGGUGCGAUCUUCCACGCCUUCAACUGGAAGUUCACGGACGUUCAAAGGAAGGCGUCCAUGAUCGCAGCUUUGGGCUUCGAUGCAGUGCAGCUUAGUCCUGCGCAGCGAAGCAUCGACGGUGAGCAGUGGUGGACGCGCUACCAGCCUGUGAAGUACGAGGAGAUUCACGGCCUCGGAAACGAGCAGGAGCUUCGGCAAUGCUGCAAGGCCUGCGAGAAGGUUGGUCUUCUGGUCUUUGGCGACCUCGUCUUCAAUCACAUGCAGGUCGUGGCUAGCUGCGACGAGUGGCGCAAGGCGCAGCAGGAUGCGGGUCUAAUGGAGAUUCUCCAGCGCCGGCUCUCGCAGAAGUUGGGCCCGACUUUUACCAGGGAUGACUUCGAGUGGCCGUGGUAUCCGCUGGAGGGCGAGGACUGGGAUGGCCCCAAGCGCAUGGAGGGCUGGGGCUGUGGCGAGUGGUCGGAGCUCAAGGGCGGCUCGGCGAAGGUCGUCUCCGUGCACUCGAGCCACAUGGAAAAGCUGAAGAACUGUGGCGUCUCGGGCUUCCGCUUCGACGCAGCAAAGCACAUGCGGCCCGAGCAUAUCGCGCAGUAUGUGGACAAGGCGGAUGUCUACGCCUAUGGCGAGGUGCUUAGCAUCGACCCGGCCAUGCAGCGAGAGUAUACGGACGGUGUGUCGCUGACGACGGGCGAGCAGUUCCCGACCACGGAUUUCCUUCUGGGGGCCUGGCUGCGGAGAUUCCUGGAGGUUGGACCGCAUGCUGUGGACUUCGAACAUCACGACUGGGUAAAGCACUUGCUGGACCUGGAGAUGAAAAGACCGACUGAGCUGCCAGAGAAGCUCGGCACGGUUGAGAAGGGGCAGAUGUCGGCCCCUAUUCUAUCGCGGAACUCCGUUCGAUUUGCUCGGAAUCAUGACACCGUCUACAACGAUGUGCCAUUCUAUGGCCUCGGCGGGUGGGGUCAGGGCAGCGCCCAAGUGGCUGCAGCCUGGCUACUAGCCGCGCAUGACGGCUCCGUCCUCCUUCUUGCGGAGGAUGUGAAGAAGUCAAUGGUCAUCAAAGAGGCGCUUGCCUACCGAAAGGCCCUCCGCGGUGUGAUCGAGGGUUUGGUUCCCGAGCAAAGGCAGACCAUCCGGACCGAGAUCAGGACGGCGGCCGUCCUCUGA